AUGAUGAAGCUCUUCUCUUUCUUUGCUCUUGCCGUAUUGUUCGUUUCUUCUGCAAAUGCCCUUGCACCCGCACACACCAACGACCGUCGUGCUUUUCUUUCCAAGGUCGCCACCAGCGCCGCCACUGUCGCUGCUGUUUCCACUCUGGCAGCACCAGCAGCUUUUGCCAAGCAAAGCAACUACGAUCUUGAUGUUGGAGACACGGUUGUCCCCGAAAAGGAAGUCAAGAAAUCUGGUGGUGGCGGUGGCUCCAUUGUUGGAGGAGCCUUGGCUGGAGGUCUUCUUCUCAGUUUGCCCUUUUUCGCUCCCAACCUUGCCAGAAUGGCUGGUGUCAAGAACGCCAAACUUCCCAAGAAGUAA